CGACGAAUAAUGUUCAAACGCAAUCAGAGAGGACAUUUGGGCCUUGGAGCCAGUAGAAACGGGGCAGGGAAGGGAAGAGGCCUCUGGGAUGACGAUGACGAGGCGGCCUUUAAUGAGCCGGAACGACCGGCAAAACGCAGGAUGCUUGAUCUUGAUGACGGUACUGCCAAUGACAAGCGUCCUUCUGUAGAAGAGAUAACGACGAAGGAAGGCUUUAAUUCAGCCAAUGCCGCUGAGGAGGAGGAGGAUGAGCUUGAUGCGUUUAUGGCUGGUAUUAAUGCAGAAAUCCAGCAGCAAGAGCGAGUAGAAGAGAAAGCAAAACUAGGCCCAACACGUCGCGACGACUUCGAGGAAGAGGAUUUUGUGGAGAGCUAUGUCAAGCACAUGAAGAAAAAGGGCAUAGAAAUUGGCAAAAAUGCUCCUGUCGCACAGCAAGACGAUGUGGAUUCGGACGAGGAAGUGUAUGCGACUGCCCGCGCUGUUGAUGCUGCUCUGGCGGAAAAUGACGAAGGAUUGGGGGACAAUGCGCUGGGAGAUAUGAAGAGAAGAGAAAUUGAACCGUUACCUGCUGUAGAUCAUUCAAAGAUUCAGUACCCUGAGAUUGAGAAAGAUUUUUACGAGGAACAUUCAGAUAUUGCCGCCCUGAGUGAGGCAGAAGCAUGGCAGAUUCGCCGAGACCUAGACAUGCGAGUGUCAGGACAUGACAUAGCCAAGCCGUGCAUCUCCUUUGCGCACUUUGGCUUUGAUGACUCCUUGAUUGACGCUAUCCGCAGGCACGGAUACACGGAACCAACGGGCAUCCAGCGACAAGCGGUCCCAGUAGCGCUUAGCGGAAGGGACAUUAUUGGCAUUGCAAAAACGGGAAGUGGAAAAACUGCGGCAUUCAUAUGGCCCAUGCUGGUGCAUAUGAUGGAUCAAGAGGAGUUGGAGAAAGGGGACGGACCCAUCGGUUUAAUCCUGGCCCCAACUCGAGAGCUCGCACAUCAAAUAUAUCUCGAGGCGAAAAAGUUUGCCAAAGCCUACGGUCUGAAGGUUGGUGUUGUGUACGGCGGUGCGUCAAAAGGUGAACAAUUCAAGGAAUUACGGGGCGGAGGGAUCGAAAUUCUGGUUGCGACCCCGGGAAGAUUGAUUGACCUGGUGAAAAUGAAGGCAACAAACCUCCGCAGAGUUUCAUACCUGGUUUUGGAUGAAGCGGAUCGUAUGUUUGAUCUCGGAUUUGAGCCACAAGUCCGGUCCAUUUGUAACAACGUCCGACCCGAUCGACAAACCCUACUCUUUAGUGCAACCUUCCAAAAGCGAGUGGAACGCCUGGCGCGAGACGUGCUGACCGAGCCCGUGCGAAUAAGCAUUGGUGGCGUUGGUCAAGCUAAUACGGAUAUCACACAAAUUGUACAGGUUCUUGAAGACGAUGGAUAUAAGUGGGGCUGGCUUACACAAAGGCUUGUCAAGUUCACAGUGGACGGGAGCGUACUGGUUUUUGUGGGCAGAAAAACGGGGGUUGAUGAACUUGCUGCAAAUUUGAAGGCUUCUGGAUUCGAAUGCAGUCCACUACAUGGAGAUAUGUUACAACACGAGCGGGAUAAAGUCAUCCAUGACUUCAAGGCCGGGAAGGUUAAACUUCUGGUGAGCACAGAUGUAGCAGCCCGGGGAUUGGAUAUCAAAUCUAUCAAAACAGUGGUUAACUAUGAUGUGGCACGCGAUAUUGAUUCACAUGUCCAUCGCAUUGGGCGAACCGGCCGAGCGGGUGAAAAGGGCACAGCGUAUACGUUGAUUACGCAAAAGGAGGAUAAAUUUGCCGGGGAGCUGGUCCGAAACUUGGAAGACGCUGGGCAAACGGUCCCUCCAGAAUUGCUGACGCUAGCGCUAAAGAAUGGCCGCUUUAGAAAAGGACGAGAGCGAGGUGGUGGACGUGGGCGAGGUAGAGGACGGGGAAGAGGACGGGGGAGGGGUCGUGGAGGGGCCGGAUUUGGCGGCGGAAACGGACAUAGGGGAAGCUUUGGUGGUGGCAGUAAUCCAAAUCUUGCUCCGAUAGGCAAUCGCGGACAUGUGGGCAUAGGUGGCAAUCCCGAACCCAACCACAUCUCGCGCACAGCAGAAUUGGGGACAAACCGUGGGGUCGGAGGAAUGAAAUUUACCGCUUUUCAGCGAGCAUCGUCAGCGCAAGGGAGUUCAACGUCAUUUGUGGGAAAGGACAAGAAUGGAGGUGGAUCGACCACAGAACGCAGACGGAGGUGGGAUGAGCAGUAGUGUCAUAUUCUGUAACUCACGGGUCACUCCCGCAUUGAAUUUGAAAUAUACCCGACUGCUGGGCUGUCACACAUUCGGAUGCGUGUCCACCACCUAUCGUGCAGGGCCAGAGUGUUGUUACUCCCUUUCUAACAUCGUAUAACCUGGA